UUUUGUUUUAAAAUUAAUUGCUCAUUUCUCCAAACCGCCUUUAUUCGUAUGGCGACCGAAACGUCGACGGCCGCGGCGGCGGUGGCGGCAUCGCCGUUGACGGAGGAGGAGUUGACUCUGACUGUAAAGUGGAGCGGGAAGGAGUACAUCGUCAGGGUGUGCGGCGACGAUUCAGUUGGGGAGCUCAAGCGGCGCAUUUGCGAGGCCACGAAGGUGCUCCCCAAACGACAGAAACUUCUCUACCCUAAAGUCGGCUCCAGACUUUCCGAUGAUUCUUUACUUCUUUCUCAGAUCCCGCUCAAAUCGUCUCUCAAAAUGACUAUGAUUGGUACAGUUGAAGAUGAUAUAAUUGUUGAUCCGGUGGAGUCCCCGGAAAUUAUUGAUGAUUUUGAGCUUGGGCAAGAUGAAGUUGUGGAUAUUAAAGAUAAAGAAGUCAAUAAACAGAAAUUGAGGCGUCGAAUUGAGCAGUACAAAAUUGAACUUCGAACUCCCUGCCGGGAGGGGAAAAAGCUGCUGGUUCUGGAUAUUGAUUAUACACUCUUUGAUCACCGGUCUCCUGCAGAGAAUCCUUUAGAGCUUAUGCGUCCGUAUCUUCAUGAAUUUCUCUCGGCUGUGUAUGCAGAGUACGAUAUCAUUAUUUGGUCUGCUACCAGCAUGAAGUGGGUUGAAUUGAAGAUGGGGCAGCUCGGGGUACUGAAUAAUCCUAAUUACAAAAUUACUGCUCUUCUUGAUCAUUUGGCAAUGAUUACAGUUCAAUCCGAUAACCGCGGGGUCUUUGAUUGCAAACCACUUGGCCUGAUUUGGGCACACUUUCCUGAGUACUAUAGUGCGAAAAACACUAUCAUGUUCGAUGAUCUACGGAGAAAUUUCGUUAUGAACCCCCAAAAUGGGUUGACUAUCAAGCCAUUCCGGAAGGCUCAUGCAAAUCGUAACAGCGAUCAAGAACUGGUGAAGCUGACCCAAUAUUUACUUGCGAUAGCAGAGCUCGAUGAUCUGAGCACCCUCGAUCACAGGAACUGGGAGUCUUAUAAUGAGGACAGUUUCAAGAGGCGCCGGCAUACAUAGAUUACGGAAUUUUACAUGGACUAUCUUCAAAUGCCUUUGGUUUCAGCUCGACCGGGACAGACAGUUAGAGGUCUCUCUGGCUUUUCUUUUAUGAUAAUAUUUGAUAAGAAGGUUAUAUCCAUUGUUCUUGUAUAAGAAUCAGUAUUUGAUUUGCCGCAUCAAAUAUUGUUAGGGGACUGUGAGCUCAAACUGAAUUAGGUUUUAUAUGAUUUUCUGACCUUAGACUUGGUAUUUUUACAAUAUAUUGAGAAGGGUUGUGUU